AUUUAUGGGAAGCUGUGGAGGCAAAUCUUAAAACAAGGAGCAAAAUAUGAGCAAAGAACAAAAAUGUACAAACGUUCAUUAAUUUAUUAAGCUCUUGCUAUAAAUAAAUUCGAAGUAGGUCCUGACAUCUUUAUUAAUUUAAAGCAAGGAGAUAUAACAGAUAAUUAUAUCAUAAAUAAAAUCUUAGGGGAAGGUAUAAAACAAAUGUAAGUUUUGAGGUUCGUAUGGUUAAGUAAGAUUAGUCCAACAUAAGAAAACUGGUUAAUAAAGAGCUAUGAAAUAAAUAUCGAAAAAAAAAAUACUCAAAGAAUAAGAGGAGGCAAUGUUUAGUGAAGUUUCUUUAUUAAAAAAUAUGGAUUAUCCAAACAUAGUAAAAUUAUUCGAGCUGUACUAAGACAGUUAAAAUUACUACUUAGUCACAGAAUAUUUGAAUGGAGGAGAACUAUUAGAUAAGUUGACUAAAUUAAAUACCUUUAAUGAAAGAAUGGCAGCAGAAUAUAUGAAGUAAGUUCUAUAAGCACUUGCAUAUUGUCAUGCAUAAAAUAUCAUUCAUCGGUAUUUAUUAAUUUAAUCCAUUUAGUGAUAUGAAGCCAUCUAAUAUUAUGUUAGCCUCUCCAGAUCCAUAAUCAAAGAUCAAAGUAAUAGAUUUUGGAACUGCUAAGAGGUAUAUUAGUGGUGAGGCUUAGACAUAAGUAAUAGGAACUGUAAAUUGAUUUUUAAUAUUUAAUUUAGCCCUUAUAUAUUGCUCCAGAAGUAAUAGAUAAGAAUUAUACAGAGAAAUGUGAUAUUUGGUCAUGUGGAGUAAUACUAUAUUAAAUUUUAACUGGCAAAUUUCCUUUUGAUGUCAAAGUUUCUAGUUUAUAAUAACUUUUCACUAACAUUAAAUCUGGGAAAUAUAACUUUACUACUAAAGAAUUUACUUCAUUAUCAUAUGAAGCUCAAGAAUUGAUAAAAUCAAUGUUAUAAUAUGAUCCAAAUAAGAGACCUUCAGCUUAAAAGAUUUUAGAGGAUCCAUGGAUUAAAGAGAAAGCUCGAGAAGAGUCAAUAAAUAUUAACGUAAUGAAUGAAUUAGGCAAAUUUAGAGUAUUAUAAAUUUAUAUAUAAUUUAGAAUGAAAGUAAUAUGAGAGCUGCCAUUAUGUAAUUAAUAGCGGGUUCAGUUAUGUCUAAUGAAGAAAAAGAUUAACUUACAUCUACAUUUUAAAGUAUGGAUAAAAAUAAAGAUGGAUAAUUAUCAAAAGAAGAAUUAAUUCAAGGUAAUUAAAUUUUUAUAUCCAAUAGCUUAUACAUAAGUUUUUAAAGAUGAAUUGAAGGCAAAACAUUUAGUAGAUGAAAUAUUUGAUUAAAUAGAUCAAAAUAAUUCAGGUAAAAUAAGUUAUACUGAAUUCCUUGUAGCAUCUGCUAAAUAAAAUACAAUUCUUUCUAAAACUAAAAUUGAUUAAGCAUUUAAAAUGUUUGAUAAAGUAAUAUCUCAAUUCAAAAUAUUUAGGAUGGAAAUGGAGUUAUAACAAAAGCUGAAUUAUAAGAUAUCAUGUGUGGAAUUGACGUUGAUAAUUCUGAAUGGAAUCAAAUUAUCUAAUCUUGUGAUAAAAAUAAUGAUGGAAAUAUCUAAUAUGAGGAAUUUGCAUCAAUGUUAUUAACAGUGGUCUAAAAAUGAUAGCCA